AUGGUAAAACCUAACGUUAUACAGAUUAUCGAUAGAUUUUCAAUUGCUUCAUGGAACUCCAGCAUAAGAGAAGCUGUGAAUCAAGGGCAUGCCCAGAAGGCUCUUCUUCUUUUUCGCCAAUUGAAACAGAACUCUUAUGUACAGCCCAACAAUUUAACCUUCCCCUUUAUUGCAAAAGCUUGCGCAAAGCUCUCAAAGCUGAAGUACUCCCAGAUGAUUCAUGCUAAUGUUGCAAAAUCGCCAUUUUGUUCAGACGUUUAUGUACAGACAGCUUUGGUUGACAUAGUUUCAUGUUUGUUCAAGGGGUUGAGGAUGGAUAACAUCAUGCCUGAUGCAGUAACGAUCAUGGGGUUGACACAAUUGGUGUCCGAGGUAAAGGAUACGAGGUUGUUGAGCGCUGUGCAUUGCUUUGGGAUGAAAUGUGGGUGUGGAGGGGAUGUUACUGUUGCCAACACUUGGAUUGCUGGCUAUGCCAAAUGUGGUGACCUGUUCUCGGCUGAGAUGGUGUUUUUUGGUAUUGGCAUCGAUGCUUUGACUGUGGUUUCUUGGAAUGCUAUGAUUGUGGGAUGUGCUUGUGUUGAGGAACCGGUGAAGGCUCUUGGGGUGUACCAACAUAUGCUUCUUGACGGAUUUAGGCCUGAUUUGUGCACCAUUCUCAAUUUGCUCUCCUCAUGUACUCAGACUAAUUCUUUAUGUUAUGGAUUGCAUGGCACUGAUGUGAAUCACGUCGUCUUUGAACCAGAAACUGAAGCUGUAGCUUGCAUAUAUACAGACAGGCAGUGGCCUUAA